UGCGUGCACGCGGGCCGCGCCUUUUCUCACACAGCACCUUCCGCUACCCUGGUUACCGUUGGUGUUCGCGAGUUCCCUGCGGCAACUUCUUCGCGGAAGACCAGCGCCGCGGGGCUGAGCUGCGGUUUGAUAGGCGCGCGCCCGCGUCACGUGGGAAAGGCUCCUGCUUGGUCGCUGGCGGGCCGCUCAGCCGGGAGGGAAGAAGCUUGUGGCUACCGCUCACCCUCCCACUGCGCCCUAGGGCUGGCGCGCGGAUAAAAAUGGCGAAGUGGGGGUAACUGGCGCCGAACCCGAAGCGAUGGGGCGCGCAGGUGGGGCGGUGGUCGGAGACCUCUGAUGUAGGCGCCCGGCUGUUCUCCGCGGCAAUUUGACUUGGUGACCUCAGGCCGGCGCCUAACAGGUCAGACCACGGACUCCGCGGGUCGCCGAGCGCCCCGCCGAGAGCCGGAGGCAAUGGAUGAACAGAGCGUGGAGAGCAUUGCUGAGGUUUUCCGAUGUUUCAUUUGUAUGGAGAAACUGCGGGAUGCACGUCUGUGUCCUCAUUGCUCCAAGCUUUGUUGUUUCAGCUGUAUCAGGCGCUGGCUGACAGAGCAGAGAGCCCAGUGUCCUCAUUGCCGUGCGCCACUGCAGCUACGAGAACUAGUAAACUGUCGUUGGGCAGAAGAAGUAACCCAGCAGCUUGAUACUCUUCAACUCUGCAGUCUCACCAAACACGAAGAAAAUGAAAAGGACAAAUGUGAAAAUCACCAUGAAAAACUUAGUGUAUUUUGCUGGACUUGUAAGAAGUGUAUCUGCCAUCAGUGUGCACUUUGGGGAGGAAUGCAUGGUGGACAUACCUUUAAACCUUUGGCGGAAAUUUAUGAGCAGCAUGUUACUAAAGUGAAUGAAGAGGUAGCCAAACUUCGUCGGCGUCUCAUGGAACUGAUCAGCUUAGUUCAAGAAGUGGAAAGAAAUGUCGAAGCUGUAAGAAAUGCAAAAGAUGAGCGUGUUCGGGAAAUUAAAAAUGCAGUGGAGAUGAUGAUUUCACGGUUAGACACACAGCUGAAGAAUAAGCUUAUAACACUGAUGGGUCAGAAGACAUCUCUGACACAAGAAACAGAACUGUUGGAAUCCUUACUUCAGGAAGUAGAGCAUCAGUUGCGAUCUUGUAGUAAGAGUGAGUUGAUAUCUAAGAGCUCAGCGAUCCUCAUGAUGUUUCAGCAAGUUCAUCGAAAGCCCAUGGCGUCCUUUGUUACCACUCCUGUUCCACCAGACUUUACCAGUGAAUUGGUACCAUCUUAUGAUUCAGCUACUUUUGUUUUAGAGAAUUUCAGUACUUUGCGCCAGAGAGCAGAUCCUGUUUACAGUCCACCUCUUCAAGUUUCAGGACUUUGUUGGAGGUUAAAAGUUUACCCAGAUGGAAAUGGAGUUGUUCGUGGUUACUACUUAUCUGUGUUUCUGGAACUCUCAGCUGGCUUGCCAGAAACUUCCAAUCUUUUCAAUUUUAGAUAUGAAUACCGUGUAGAGAUGGUUCAUCAGUCCUGCAAUGAUCCUACCAAAAAUAUCAUUCGAGAAUUUGCAUCUGACUUUGAAGUUGGAGAAUGUUGGGGUUAUAAUCGAUUUUUCCGUUUGGACUUACUUGCAAAUGAAGGAUACUUGAAUCGACAAAAUGAUACAGUGAUUUUAAGGUUUCAGGUUCGUUCACCAACUUUCUUUCAAAAAUGCCGGGACCAGCAUUGGUAUAUUACUCAAUUGGAAGCUGCACAGACUAGCUAUAUCCAACAAAUAAAUAACCUUAAAGAGAGACUUACUAUUGAGUUGUCUCGAACUCAGAAAUCAAGAGAUUUGUCACCACCAGAUAAUCAUCUUAGCCCCCAAAAUGAUGACACUCCUGAGACACGAGCUAAGAAGUCUGGAUCAUGUGCUGACAUGCUUCUCCAAGAUUGUCCUACUACAACUUCUGUAAGAGAGGCCAAGGAGGAUGAAGAAGAUGAGGAGAAGAUUCAGAAUGAAGAUUAUCAUCAUGAGCUUUCAGAUGGAGAUCUGGAUCUGGAUCUUGUUGGUGAAGAUGAAGUAAAUCAUAUCGAUGGGAGCAGUUCUUCUGCCAGUUCCACAGCAACAAGUAACACGGAAGAAAAUGACAUUGAUGAAGAAACCAUGUCUGGAGAAAAUGAUGUGGAAUACAACACCAUGGAAUUGGAAGAGGGAGAACUCCUGGAAGAUGCAGCUGCAUCAGGACCUCCAGGUAGUAACCAUGGCUAUAUGGGUGCCAGUAGCAGAAUGUCAAGAAGAGCACAUUUAUGCUCUGCUGCUACCAGUAGUUUAUUAGACAUUGAUCCUUUAAUAUUAAUACAUUUGUUGGACCUUAAGGACCGGACCAGUAUGGAAAAUUUGUGGGGCUUACAGCCUCGCCCGCCUGCUUCACUUUUGCAGCCCACAGCAUCAUAUUCUCGAAAAGAUAAAGACCAAAGGAAGCAGCAGGCAAUGUGGCGAGUUCCCUCGGAUUUAAAGAUGCUAAAAAGGCUCAAAACUCAAAUAGCUGAAGUUCGAUGUAUGAAAACUGAUGUAAAGAAUACACUUCCAGAAAUAAAAAGCAGCAAUGCUGCUUCUGGAGACACGCCGGCAAGCCUUCUUUCUGCUGACCAGGCAGCUCUGGCUGCAUGUGGAACCGAGAACUCUAGCAGAUUACAGGAUUGGGGAGUGGAGCUCGUGGCAGAGUCAUCCGUUGCCAGUUGUUACAUACGGAACUCCACAAAUAAGAAGAGUAAUUCAACCAAGCCAGCUCGGUCCAGUAUAGCAGGUAGUCUGUCACUUCGAAGAGCAGUAGACUCUGGGGAAAACAGCCGUUCAAAGGGAGACUGUCAAACUCUGUCUGAAGGCUCCCCAGGAAGCUCUCAGUCUGGGAGCAGGCACAGUCCUCGAGCCUUGACACAUGGCAGUAUCAGUGACAUUCUGCCAAAAUCUGAAGACCGGCAGUGUCAAGCUUUGGAUUCAGAUGCUGUUGUGGUGGCAGUUUUCAGUGGCUUACCUACUAUUGAAAAAAGGAGAAAAAUGGUCACCUUGGGGACUAGUGUUAAAGGAGGUCGUCUGGAAGGAAUGCAAAUGACUGAUUUGGAAAAUAAUUCUGAAACUGGGGAAUUACAACCUAUACUACCUGAAGGAGCUUCAGUUGCCCCAGAGGAAGGAACGAGUAGCGACAGUGAUAUUGAAUGUGACGCUGAGGACGAGGAGCAGGAGGAGCGCGCCAGCCUGGGCAGAUUUAGCGACUCCUUCGUGGCACGGCCCCCGGAUGAAGAUACACAUUCCAGUUUUCCUGAUGGUGAACAAAUAGGCCCUGAAGAUCUCAGCUUCAAUACUGAUGAAAACAGUGGAAGGUUCUGAUUGGUAUCCUUUUGCUGUAAUAAAACUGGAAUUUUUGAAACGAAAAGGGGAAAGACUUAAGGCAGAGGGAAGACCUUGGACUGGACGCAGAGUUUGAAGAACCAAGUAGCUGGAGAUGGAGGGGUCAGCGCUUAGCCGCUGGCAGGUCCCGUUCCUCAUUCAUCUAUUCUAGGAUAACCCCCUGCCCCCAGCAUUAAACCGAUGGGGGAAGCAUGUAUAAGAUGAGAUAUAUCUCUUCUGGUUUUUCUGGGGAGAGAAUAACAGUUGUAGCAGCACUUAGCAAACUUUCUUUUUAAAAUGUUCCCACUUUAAAGUUUAGAAAACUGCCACCUCAGGAUUUUAUUUUCAGUUCUGAGGGAAUCAACCUAAAUCCCAGCACUAAAUAACCUUCCUUUGAAUAAAAAGACAAAUGCCUAGUGGUUUUAAGUUGCUGGGUUUUAUUAAGAUAUUGGCAAAAUUUCAGUAUACUUCUUACCUGAAUGAACAGUUUUAAUAAAAUAUGAAGGAUCACUCAUGAUUACAACUGAACUCAAAAGUGAGCUGUAGAGAAGAUUUAUAAAUUGAUAAAUUUGCUUGGUAAGAAAUGAUUCAUUUCAUUUGCUCCACUCCAUAGAGAAUUCUUUGCAGAGAAAUGUCAUGAACAAGAGAACAAAGCCCGUCUCUCACCAAAGAGCACCUAGAGUAAGAGGUAACACUGACGUGUCUGUACAUUAUUUCAUCCAUCGGAGUUAAUCAGAGUAUUUUCCUUUUCCAGAACGACUGCUGUGUCAGUCUGGAGCUCCCUAUCUUAUUUCAUAUUUUCUAAUUAGUACAAUAUAAAUAGUCUUUAAAACAGAAGAUAAAAUGCUGCUAGAGGAAGUAACAGUUAUUUUUCAACACAGUACCAUUUCUGGGAAAUAGUCGUAUUAUAACACUGGAAGUAUCUUGUUUUGGAAAAAAGCAUUUAAGCUAUUCACGGGUCAGAACAGGGUAUUUGUCCUUUACCGUCAUGUGAUUUUACAAGGUGAAAAGAAGCAUGUUCUUUCUUUUUCUAAUUUAUGAUCCAAAGAAUAAUUCUCCUAAAUUAUGGUAUGACCAAAACUUUUAUGGCAUUGCUUCGGUGUGAAUGAUCACUGAGUGAACAAAUUAAACUAUGUUUAAACAAACAUGAAAAUAAUAAUUUAGAUCACUUUCUCACAGAGCCUCCUCAGCAAGCCUUUGAUGGGGAAGGAAGUACUUGAACCACAGCAGUUUCAUCUGUAAACAAACACUUAACUUCUUUAUGCAUCAUUUCAUCUGCCCGUUGGAUGUUGUGCUUCUUACUGGCACAGUGGUCCAACAAAGGAGUAAGGUUGUCAUGAAGAUGCAGUGUGACACUAGACCACCACGUUGACAUUGGAGUACCACUAUAAAUGUGGUCAGAGUCAGACUCAGUGUUGACAUUGACAUUGUUGACAUUGUCCUUGGAAAAGGUGUUAACUUUCGAGGAUCCUCCUAGUUAAAUUAAAUGUGACAGUAACUUUAUA